AUGGACAGCUCUCCCGCCUCGCCUUUGGCCCCCAGGGAUCCCAGCUCCCCUGAAUCUUCGAUCGGCGAACAAAUCGCCACUCUACAGGCCCAGCUUGCCGCUCUGCAGGCCUCGCAACCCGCCGCCGCCGCAGCCGCCGCACCCCCGGCCGUCACCGUCGUGCCGGGGAACGCCGCCACCGCAUCCAAGGUCGUGUUUCCCAAGCACGCUCGUCUGGACGGUGACAGGCAACGUCGGAGGGGAUGA